AUGGCUGCACGCCAAAAGAUCAUCGAGACCAACCGGUCGCUCCGCACCAUCAAGAAUGAACUGGAGGCUCUCCUCGAGAAGGGCGCCAUUAGCGACGAAGCCUACGAGUCUAUCCACGCCGCCCUCCCUUCCGAGUCGCCUCUCUCCAGCGCACCCGCCCCAGCGGCGCCGGCGCCCGUGCCCCGUGUCGUCUCCCCACCCACCAACGGCAUGGCCGCCAUGAACAUCCACCAGCAGCAGCCCCCGUCCUACAACCAGACCACAGCCGCCGCGCCCCCGGCCCUGCCCACCCGCAACCAGCCGACCCCGGCGCCCUCCAAGCCGGUGAUCGCGCACGCCCGGGCCCUGUACAGGUACCAGGCCUCGGACGCCCGCGACUGCUCCUUCGAGAAGGACGACCGCAUCGCCGUGUACGAGUACAUGAACGCCGACUGGUGGAUGGGCCGCAACGAGCGCACCGGCCAGGAGGGCAUCUUCCCCAAGACCUACGUCGAGCCCACCGGUCCCGCCGGCCCGCCUCCUUCGCACUCGCCCUACCCCAACGAGAAGGCCGGCUUCAACGGCUACGCGGCACCCGCACAGCCCACCUACGGCGGAUACCCGCCUCCGGCGCCCGCGCAGCAGAACCCUUACAACAACAACGUGCCCCCCAUGGCUGUGGCUGAGAGCAGCGGGCAGCCCGCCCAGGAGGGUGAUGGCAAGGGCAAGGAGAUGGGCAAGAAGUUCGGCAAGAAGCUGGGUAACGCGGCCAUCUUUGGUGCGGGUGCUACCAUCGGUAGCAACAUUGUGAACUCGAUUUUCUAA